AUGACGGCAGCACCCGCCGCCAAGCCUGCGGGCAGCGCGCUCAAAGUAUCCACGCUCGCCCCCCUCGGUGCACUCACCGUCAUGGUCUCGCCAUGGGGAUUCUCGACGCUCAAGGCGCUUCUGCUCGAGCCCAUCCGCAUCAACCCGCCUGUCUGGCUUCGUAUCCUCCUCGGCCUCGUCGUGCUCGCCAACGUGCGUUCCACGCCGUUCGCCUGGCACAUCCGCGUCCUCUAUCCGGCAUUCAAGGCCGUCUUCCGUGCACGCCCCUGGCUCUCGACGCCCGAGCCACACGCACUCACCCACGCCGCCAUCAAGCCCCAGCUCAAGACCAGCAAACUCCCCCUCGGAAAGGACGUCUUCCUCGACACCUCCUCACACAACUUUGUCGCCACGCUCGACGAGUGCGACUGGAACGGUCACCUCUCCAACUCGUCCUACUCGCGCUCCCUCGACUACACCCGCAUGGCCCACAAUUCGCCCAGAUUCCUCAAGCUCUACUAUGACGGCGGCUGGGUCGCACUCGGUGGCUCGGCAUUCAACUUCCACCGCGAGAUCCCCUUGCUCGCUCGCUACACCAUCCGCAUGAGCCUCGAAGCCUGGGACGACAAGUGGCUCUACGUCGUCGGCAGAUUCGUCGCCCCCGCCAAAGGUUCUGCAAAAAACGCCACAGCUUCGGCUCCCACCAACGCCGUCACCGAGAUGCUGCAGCCGGGAGAACAGCUCUACUGCACCUCGAUCUCGCGCUAUGUCUGCAAGUCUGGCCGACGAACCAUCCCGCCCUGGCUCGCCAUCGCCACCUCCGGAUACGGAACCCACGAGGCCACGCGCUCCAACUGGGAAAAAGCAGAGAAGCUCCGUGCCUACUACCUCGAAAAGGAAAAGAAGGCCUACCUCGCAAAGUCGGGCAAGAAAUCCAUCUCGGCCAAGGUCGAGGCAAAGCUCAUCAAGAAGGCGGCGCUUCUGCGUCAGUACCGACUCGAGAGCGAGAGGCAAGGCACCGACGAAGAGGCCUGGAUGAACAAGAGCUACUGGCAGUCCGACGAGUGGGAGACCCGUCGCAAGCAGGGCCUCGAGCGUCUCGGCGUCAGCGUCGGCAUCCUUCCCCCACUGGAAAAGUAA